GCUGAGCCGGCUGCCACGCCCAAGACCGAUGCCAAAGGCGUUGCCGAGGCCGGGUCGAAGUCCGCAUCCGCGGUGUCGGCGGACCAGCUGGCAGAGAGCCUCGAGGCUACCCUGAUUCCUCUGCACCGACGCCAGCAGGCCCUGCAGCCCACGGAGGAGGUCUUCGCGAAGGAGGCAGCUCCUUGCCUCCGACAACUUCUCCAAGCCUUUCCUGCCCCGAAAAGAGGUGGCCAAUUCCUGGGAGACGAGCGUCCGGAGCCAGAAAGAGACGGCGGACAUUACGAAUCUGAAGAUCAACGACGAAGAGAGAGCGACACGGAGAGCCGGAUCAGCAUGGUGGAACAGCGCGUAGACCUUCAGGCUUCGGCUCUAGAGACUUUGCGCCAGAAGAACGACCAGCUGAGCGAGAGCUGCGCAGUGAGACGCACAGAGCUCCAGCGGGUUGUCCAGGAGCUCGAGCGGACUCUCGGGUUGCUGAUGCAACAUUGGUGAGAAGGUCCGCUACUGGAGUGGGACCCACGCCAAAUUGGCUGUUGAAGAAGCGCAUGGUUCAACUUCCGGAAGGAGUUUCACAAAUC